UCCGUUCCCCACUUGCAGCGGGAUGGCAGGCCGGCGUGGGGGAAGGGAGAGGUCGGUGGAAACGAGGGAGGGACCAUAUCCGGGAGACUGGCAGCUUCCGACCAGUGGUCGCGCUUCCGGAGAGGUGCUUCCGGUGGCGGCGACAGUAGCGGCUGUGGUGGUUCCGGGUGUCUUUGUCCCCCCGGUGUCGCGGCCCUGGCCCGCAGGUUUUUCCAAGACUCUGAAAGAGGACAGCAUUCCCAAUGUCCCAGUUUAAGCGCCAGCGGAUCAACCCGCUUCCAGGGGGACGCAACUUCUCAGGCACAGCUUCCACAUCUCUUCUGGGCCCUCCUCCUGGUUUGCUAACUCCUCCUGUGGCCACAGACCUGUCCCAAAAUGCCAGGCACCUUCAGGGUGGGGAGAAGCAGCGUGUCUUCACGGGCAUCGUUACCAGCUUGCACGACUACUUCGGGGUGGUAGAUGAAGAGGUCUUUUUCCAGCUGAGUGUGGUGAAGGGCCGGCUGCCCCAGCUGGGUGAGAAGGUGCUGGUGAAGGCUGCAUACAACCCAGGCCAGGCAGUGCCCUGGAAUGCUGUCAAGGUGCAAACGCUCUCCAACCAGCCCCUACUGAAGUCCCCAGCACCUCCCCUUCUGCAUGUGGCAGCCCUGGGCCAGAAGCAAGGGAUCCUGGGAGCUCAGCCUCAGUUGAUCUUCCAGCCUCACCGGAUUCCCCCACUCUUUCCUCAGAAGCCUCUGAGUCUCUUCCAAACUUCCCACACGCUUCACCUGAGCCACCUGAACAGAUUUCCUGCUCGGGGCCCUCAUGGACGAUUGGAUCAGGGCCGAAGUGAUGACUAUGACUCCAAGAAACGCAAACAGCGGGCUGGCGGAGAGCCUUGGGGUGCUAAGAAGCCAAGGCAUGACCUGCCUCCUUACCGCGUCCAUCUCACUCCCUACACUGUGGACAGCCCCAUCUGUGACUUCCUAGAACUCCAGCGCCGCUACCGUAGCCUCCUGGUUCCCUCAGAUGUUCUCUGUGUGCACCUGAGCUGGCUGUCAGCCUUCCCUCUGAGCCAGCCCUUCUCCCUCCAUCAUCCAAGCCGGAUCCAGGUCUCUCGUGAGAAGGAGGCAGCUCCGGACACUGGUGCUGAGCCCAUCCCUGCAGACAGUGACCCUGCUUACAGCUCCAAGGUACUGCUGCUCUCUUCCCCAGGCUUGGAGGAAUUGUACCGUUGUUGCAUGCUCUUUGUGGAUGACAUGACUGAGCCAAGGGAGGCGCCAGAACACCCUCUGAAGCAGCUUAAGUUUUUGCUGGGACGGAAAGAAGAAGAGGCAGUGCUGGUUGGAGGUGAAUGGUCUCCUUCCAUGGAUGGCCUUGACCCCCAGGGCGACCCACAGGUGCUGGUGCGCACUGCCAUCCGCUGUGCGCAGGCCCAGACUGGCAUUGACUUGAGCACCUGCACCAAGUGGUGGCGCUUUGCUGAGUUUCAGUACCUGCAGCCAGGACCUCCACGGCGGCUACAGACAGUGGUGGUAUACCUGCCAGAUAUCUGGACCAUCAUGCCUACUUUGGAAGAGUGGGAGGCCCUGUGCCAGCAGAAAGCUGCAGAGCCAGCUCCCCCACCCCAGGAAGGCUCAGGGGAAAUAGAGCCUGCUGAACAGACACCUGAUGCGGCCGAGCAAGCAGCAGAUGCUUCUAAAAGGAAUGCAGAGGCUCCAGAGGCCACCACACAGCAGGAAAUGGACACUGACCUUCCAGAGGCCCCUCCGCCCCCUCUGGAACCUGCUGUCAUUGCACGUCCUGCCUGUGUCAACCUCUCCCUCCAUGCGAUCGUGGAAGAUCGGAGGCCAAAAGAAAGAAUCUCUUUUGAGGUGGUAGUGUUGGCUGAGCUGUUUCUGGAGAUGCUCCAGAGGGAUUUUGGCUACAGGAUUUACAAGACGCUGUUGAGCCUUCCCGAGAAGGUUGUGUCCCCACCUGAACCUGAGAAGGAGGAGGUGGCCAAGGAAGAAGAAGCCAUCAAAGAGGAGGUGGCCAAGGAGUGCAAGGAUGAGGUACAGAGUGAGGGCACAGCUGCCGAGUCAGACACCCCACUGAAGGAGGAUGGGCUUUUGCCCAAAGCACCCUCUUCAGGGGGAGAGGAAGAAGAGAAACCCCGAGGCGAGGCUUCUGAGGACCUGUGUGAGAUGGCCCUGGACCCGGAACUGCUGCUUCUGAGGGACGAUGGGGAGGAGGAAUUCGCAGGAGCAAAGCUGGAGGAUUCUGAGGUCCGGUCCGUUGCCUCAAACCAGUCCGAGAUGGAAUUCUCUUCACUUCAGGACAUGCCCAAGGAGCUGGAUCCUUCUGCUGUGCUCUCCUUGGACUGUCUUCUUGCUUUUGUGUUCUUUGAUGCCAACUGGUGUGGCUACUUGCACCGGCGAGACUUGGAGAGAAUCCUCCUGACCCUCGGGAUCCGGCUCAGUGCAGAGCAGGCCAAGCAGCUGGUCAGCAGGGUGGUGACACAGAACAUCUGCCAGUACCGGAGCCUCCAGUACAGUCGCCAGGAGGGCCUAGAUGGCGGGUUGCCUGAAGAGGUGCUCUUUGGAAACCUGGACCUGUUGCCUCCUUCUGGGAAAAGUGCAAAGCCAGGUGCUGUCCCCACGGAACACAAGGCCCUAGUGCCCCACAAUGGCAGCCUGAUCAAUGUGGGCAGCCUGCUGCAGCGUGCCGAGCAGCAGGACAGUGGCCGGCUCUACCUGGAGAACAAGAUUCACACACUGGAACUGAAGCUGGAGGAGAGCCAUAACCGCUUCUCAGCCACGGAAGUAGCCAACAAGACACUGGCUGCAGAGAUGCAGGAGCUGCGCGCCCGGCUGGCCGAGGCCGAGGAGACGGCCCGGACGGCAGAACGACACAAGAACCAGCUCCAGCGGCUGCUGCAGGACUUCCGGAGGCGCCUGACACCCCUGCAGCUGGAGAUGCAGCGCAUGGUGGAAAAGGCUGACAGUUGGGUAGAGAAGGAGGAGCCCGCGCCGAGCAACUGAGGGGCCUGGCAAAGGAGCUGCCAUCCUGCAGGGGCAGUGAUGGUGCUUGAUGAAGUUGGAGCCCUUUUGGUACCAGAAAGCAGCUGGAGCAAGACCUGGGAGCCAUGGGCAGGGGUGGUUGACCCUGCGCUCAGCCUCUGGAGAGGUCGUCAAGCCAUCAGGGUGGGGGUCUGUGCGAUGUGGGACAGACACGUGAGGAACCUCAGUUCCACUUACAACUAAAUACAUCUUUUGCACCCCUAGAAUGUCCUAUUGCCCUCAACCUUGGAACUUCUCUUGGGGCCCUUUUAGUCUUGUGCUGACUUUCUCCUGUCCUCUUCCAGUUUAGAAUAAGACAGGGGAGGAAAAAGCUUUUCGAGUAUGUGACAAGACCUGAUGUCAAUAAACUGAAGAGACAUGUGGAGUCUGGCUGGGGCUAAGAAGCCCCUUCUUUGGACGGCACAAAUCUUAACUAGGUUCCAGGCAGGCUCCGGGGGAAGGGUCUCCCUUGGCCACCACAGGAGUGGAGUCUGUGCUGGGAAGCUCGGUGUUGGGCUGUGUUUGCCAAUAGAACACUGUGUUCCAGCCACCCUAGACUUGCUUCCAGCCACCCUAGACUUGCCAGAAGAAACCAGCACCUCUUUCCCCGGCUCCUGUGUUCAGAAUGUGGUAUUGGCUCUGGCCCAGCCUUCUCCCCUUAUACCCAUAAUUCUCACCUCUUUCCAUAAUCUGUGGUUUCAGUUUGACUUUGUAUAUAAAGUUGUUUUUUUUUCUUUUUGGCUUUUUGUUUUUUAAAUAAACCAAAGUCAAAAACAAA